UAUUUUAACACACGACACGAAUCUGAGCGUAAUUCCAUGAAGAUGGCGACCGCUCUGGUGAUGACAACUUCAGUUCCUCCAAAUCCUGAAAAGGACAAAUGUGAAGCGGCCAUUCAGAAGGUUUUGAAAAUUGAAUCCUACAUGAAGCACCCUCUGCAAAACAAGUGGGCUCUUUGGUUCUUCAAGAACGACAAGAGCAAAACAUGGCAAGCCAACCUCCGUCUGAUCUCUAAGUUUGACACGGUGGAAGACUUCUGGGCACUAUACAAUCACAUUCAGCUCUCAAGUAACUUGAUGUGUGGCUGUGACUACUCCCUGUUCAAGGAUGGAAUUGAGCCCAUGUGGGAGGACGACAGGAACCGACGAGGCGGCCGCUGGCUGAUCACUCUGUCCAAACAGCAGCGCAGAGCCGACCUGGACCGGUUCUGGAUGGAGACGCUUCUGUGUCUUGUUGGCGAAUCUUUUAAUGACUUCAGCGACGACGUGUGCGGAGCCGUCAUCAACGUCCGGGCCAAAGCAGACAAAAUAGCAGUCUGGACCACGGACUAUGAAAACAAAGAAGCCAUUACACACAUAGGGCGAGUCUAUAAAGAGAGAUUAGGUGUUCCGUCAAAAGUCAUCAUUGGAUACCAGUCGCACGCCGACACGGCCACGAAGAGCAACUCCUCCACCAAGAACAAGUUUGUUGCCUGAAAACAAUUAACAACAACCGUCGUUUCUUAUUUUCCUGUCGCCAGUUGCUAGUUAGUCCAUGAACAAGUUUAUCCACCAACAGAUAUUUAAAAUGGAGACGUCACUUCUUCUCGUCUGUUUGCCACUUUACCAAAUCCUUUGUUUUACGGUGCGAGUACGUGCAGUAAAGAUGUAGCACUACAGUUUGAGGCCUUUCUGAUUUUUUGUGGUGGUGUUGGGCUGAAGAUGAGAUUGUUAAGAUGCCCAGUUUUCCUUUUGAAAUGGAAGUGCACAUGUUUGGUGAAUUUUGAUUUAGUGAAUAGAAAUUAUUUUUGUAAAAGUACUUAACAUUAAAGGCAAAAAAAAAGAUUUAAACUGCAGCUGUUUGUCAGUGCUGUUCAUAACACUGGGUUCAUUUAGAUUUAUUGUACAGUUUGUUUGCACAUUUUUAACAAUACGCCCUCUGAAUUGAACUGAAAGUAUUGAUGGAAAACUAUUUUUUAAUUCUCUUUUUUUCUCAGAAGUGCAAGAAGAAUGUUUUAUCUUCUUCGGUUUGACAUUUAAAAGUCACUGCAGUGUUGAAAACAAGAGGUUCGGAGUCUUAGUUUCGUGUCACGCAGCUUGUAGAAAAUGUGGCUUGUUAAAUUUGAGAGGUUCAGUGUUUUUGAAAAGUGGAAAAUAAGCGUCUUAAGCAUUUCGAAUUUUGAGUUCCCUGCCACUCGAGUUAAUUGGAAAAAUUCAGAAUAAAAUGGACCAGGAAGACGAGGUAAUCCUGUGGUUACAUAUCUCUGUUUGUCAGCCUGGAAGCACAGGAAGAUGUAACAGUCUGUUAUGAGAAGGGUAUUUUCCAAACGUCCAUAUGUCCACCUGUGUUUCGUGGAGCACACAAACCAUGAGAAUGUACUUGUGUUUACUUCAGUUUGAAAGUUGACUUCUUUAAAAGAGUUUUUCAUGAUAUUCUGCUUUCAAGUGUACAUAACAUAAUUAUUUCAGAUUUAGUUUUGUAUAGGACACGAGCAGAAAUAUGUUUUUUGGAGGGAUUGAACUGUGCCUUGACACCCUGAGCAAUAAAUGUGCAAAAGUUGUGAUGAAAAAAAUAAAAAAGUGCAAUGGAUUGUGUUCUUUCAAAA